ACGAGGGCAGAAAACAAGCGGAAUAAUAGCGACUGAAUUCGCUGUUGCUAGGGGCAACCGGAGAAACUUUGUAUAGCCACACAAGCCAUUGUAUCACUGCAGCUCAUUGCAGUCGAGACGCCUUUGUGACAAACCGGAUUAUUCUGCAACACAUAUAGCCAUGGCAGCCUAUUUCCAAAUGACAUCCCCUACGAAAAAUCCUAUAGACCUCAAAACGAUGAUCAAAGACACAAAACAGGAUAUGGAUGAUGUCCACCAAGCCCUGGAAAAACUCAGAAGUCUUUCGCACGAAGAGAGAACAGAGGCAGACGUGUUGCAUUCAAGAAUCGACGAACAGUCUUCUCUGAUCUGCAUUCUGAAGCACAGAGCAGACGAGAUGCUUCUGCGCUGUCAGGCUUUGGAAAACAUCAACGCAGAGUUGGAGAACCUGAGAGCCAACGUUCAGGUCGAGCUGGAGAACGAGAGGAAGAAAUCCGAACAGCUGGAACAGAGAUUCAUGGACCUGGCCGCAAACCACAAUGAGUUGAUCAACUUCAAGGAUGAGUACAAAAGCCAGAAUGCAAAGCUGGCUAAAGAGAAUGAGGGACUGAGAGAAGAAAAUCAAAAUCUUUUCAGCAAAGAACUACAAGAAAAAGAGGAGAUCAUCCUCAAACUCACCCAAGAACUCAAAGACUUGGCGAAACAGCAUAAGAAAUUUGAAAUAGAGUAUCAGAAGAAGACAACAGGUUUUCAGAUUAAACUGAAGGAACUGAUGAAUCUCCAUCAGAUCAAAGAGGCAUCAUUGAAGAAUGAACUAAACGAUGCUCAAAAACAGCUCAAGAAUGCAGUUGAGAUGUGCGCAGAACUGGAUCUCAGACUAAGACAAACCCAGGAAAAGGAGACAGUGAGAGACACAGACACUCGAGAGAGACUGGACAAACUCAUGAAGGAAAACAAUGAACUAUUUGAUCUCUCAUUGCAGCGUGGGAAAAUUAUACAGGACAAGCAAACUGAAAUGCAGGAGCUGGAGUGGAAAAGACAGGAGGCAGAGAGCGGCAGAGUAGAUGCAGAGCGCAGGUUUGAACUGGAGGCAGCAGCAGUUAACAGUGAAUUAAAAGUGAAGGAACUACAAAAUGGCUUAGAGAGGACAGAAGACACAUGCAAUGAACUGAAAAAGGAGUUUAAGGCAUAUAAAAAGCACAGCAGUGAACUGCUUGAAAAGGAGAAGGAGUUAAACUGCAAACUUCACCACUUGAUCAUCUGAACACUCCAUCCUGUCAAUUCAUUUGUAUUUCUACAAUUAAAGUCAUUUAAUGAUAAAAAUCAUAAUCAGAUUCUGUCAUUACAGUCAUCCUUGAUGUAUUGAAAACCAUCUUUUUCUCAUACUGACUUUAGAUGAUAUACAGUAUAUAAACAAACCACAUAGACUAGGAUGAAAUGAGACUUUUCUUAAGUGAACGUCAUCCUUCAAUAGGGAUACUUCUGUUGGGAAAAAAGGUCAGUUUGUUAAUGGUUUGCGGUAGUAGUAGGUGAGUUAAACUUUAUAUUGGUAGUGUAAUCUGUCAUUUGUAUAUGCAAUAAAUUAGACUGUUAUGUACUGUAUGUAGCCCAGUUCUUGCGAAUACCAUUUAACUGUGUUAGUUUGUAGCCAUUAAGCACUUAGGAAUGUAAUGCUUAACUUAGUUCCAUUUUCUACCAGCACUUUACUAAAUAAGUCUAUUCUCUGCUAAUUGGAAUGACCAUUCAUCCCAAUAUCCAUACACACUGUAUUAAUGCAACAUAAUGAAACAGUGUUAGUGUCAAGAUAAGAUAACAACAAUAAGAGCAUUUGUGUGUGUGUGUGUGUGUGUGUGUGUGUGUGUGUGUGUGUGUGUGUGUCUUUUGCUUAGGAAUUGAAUUACAGUAUUUUGCUAACAUUUGUCAUUUGAAUGUGCAUUUUGUCACUAGUAGUAGUUUGGCUAGUAAUUUUAGUGUCAUUCCUGAGCUAAUACAUGGGCAGGUAACAGGUUGUUAGCGUAAUUGUAAAGUGGUCAUCUGGUCUAUAAGCGUAUAUGUGUUUUAUAAAAUAGAAAAUCUGGAUUUGUUUAAAGAUGGUCACCCCUUUAAUAGAUAGCGGGUUGCCAACAGUAUUGGCUGGUUGUAGACACAUUUUCAUUUAUUUACUUUCAUUAUAUUCUUGCAUCUUGGAAUAGGCAUUUAGUGCUUUAGAGUUUUCACUCAUAUUUUUGCAUUACAGUCCUGUUCUAAGCACAGACUGAACCCUGUAUUGAGGUUAUUUAGUCAUUUAGCACAGUGGUUCUCAACUAGGAGUGUAAAAAUGCACUGAGGCUCCACCUUGUAGAAGUUUUGGAGUUUACGUAAUACGUACUGUGAGUUUGCAUCAAGUCAUUACGUUCAGUCAGACACUAUUCAUAAUAAUAUUGAAUCGUUUCUAAAUAAUUUAUAUGCAUCCUUAUCAUUAGGUAAAGAGUCCUAAUUGAAUCAAAGUCAGAGCAAAUUUUUACACCCCUGUUCCCAACUUGUAGGUCGCAACCCAAAAAAUGGAUUGAAGGUGUGUUGUGAUUGGGUUGUGAAAAAACAUUGCUACUGUAAAUUAAAGUGUAAUUAUUAAUGUGGUUUGUGCCAUUAAUUUUCAAUAGAAAUAUUUCAUGUUAAUAAUAUUGCAUGUUGUCUGGUCUGUGCAUUUCAUGGUAAAAUUAAUACAUUUCACUGUUUGAUUUAAGGGACAUUGUUUACUUUUGUACAAUAAACUAUUUUCUUUUGUAGAUCACCAAUUGCCCAGUGUAAAAUCAGUGCUCUGAAUCCAAACCUCUUGAGAACCAAUGAUUUAGAACCAAACCCUUUCUUAUACUACACAAUGAAUGGUCUUUCAUGGGUGUCAACUGGCAACUAUAUCAGAUCUUUAACCUCUAAGCUGUAGGGUAAGGUAUAUAAGUGCUAUGUCCUUAUGUGAUCUUUUGGUAUGUGUUUUGGUAGAGUUUUUAGUGAGAAUUCUUAAUCUUCUCUUUACUGUACGUUGGUAUCACCAUUUUAUGCAUCAUAUCGAGUUGAGACAAGUUUGCGUCCGUGCCAUAACUGACCAGUGCACCUGCCCUUAUACUGUGCCUGACCUCUGACUGGUCACUGGUCAGUGGUUGUUAACCCCAUUGCCAUGACAAUCUUUUCUUUAGAAGUGCUUCAGAUAUGGAAGUUGCCUUAUAUGGGAAACAGUGGAAUGAAUUUGAAUGAUCUGUGACCUGUUUUGUUUUUGUAUGUUGUUAUCCUUUCUUUGCUGUUAAGAUCAUUUACUUUAGAAUGUAUGUAAAGCAUUUUAAGCAUAAAUAAA